AUGCCGCAACAUCCUUUACAACAGGAGCAGCAACAACCCUUGGCGCCUCCGCAAGUGACAAAUCCUGUCACCGGGCGAACUCGUGUCGCUGGUACUCCUCGUGAGGCGCGACCAGUAUCUCAAGUCUACCAAGGGUUCAUCUGGUCGCUACGUGUUGUACAGCAGCCAAAGCGUGCGCGCAUGUGCGGGUUUGGAGACAAGGACCGUCGUCCAAUCACCCCUCCUCCAGUAUUGCUGCUUGUCAUCACUGAUCCAAAGACCGGCCGCGAAUUGAGCCCUGAUGAUCCUCAAUUGGAAGAUCUGGAUUGCUCACACUUCAUUGUUAAUGUUGACCUGUGGGACGAGAACAAGGUCAGCGAAGCCAUCCUCGUGCGGUCCAGCUCCAACAGUCCUUCUACCAGCAUCAGCACCGCUACCACCACUGCCUAUCCUCCAACUCAGGAUAACCCUCACGCGCAGCGGCCCGGGCACAUGAUGCUCGUAGGCAGUGACGGCUAUAAUUUGCCCCAGUACGGCAUGCAUGGCAGCUAUGGAAUGCCGAUCGCGGCUUCGUACGGGCAGUACAUACCGUCGACGGGAUAUGGUGGCGGCAUCGCCGCACCGAUGCCCUUUUAUCCUCAACACACUCAGAUGCCGAACUACACCCGGAAUCUGAUCGGAAGUCUGUCCGUCAAUGCUGCGCGGCUGAAGAACGAGCAGGGCGAAUCGGGCUUUUAUUUCGUCUUCCAGGAUCUCAGCGUGCGCACCGAAGGGUUUUUCCAUCUGCGCAUGAACUUCGUCAACCUGAGCGACGGCAAAAGUCCGCCUAGCCUGAACAAGAACAAAUGCGCAAUCCUCGCCUGGGAGUUCACCGAUUGCUUCCAGGUCUUCUCCGCGAAGAAAUUCCCGGGAGUGGUCGAGAGCACGGCGCUGAGUAAGUGCCUACAGGGCCAAGGGAUCAAGAUCCCCAUCCGCAAGGACAACGGCGGGAAGAACGAUGGCGCGGGUGGUGGUGGCGAUGACGACGACGACGGUGGAGACUAG